AUGCCAAUUCGCCAAGCUAACUACAGCGACCUCCGCCCAGCAGCUGAAGUGGCAGCUGCUGCCUUCAUUGAAGAUGAACUCUUCGGCGAGCUGAUGCAUCCACAUCGACACCAAUACCCCGAGGAUUUUCUCCAUGCUUGGCAGCAAGACUUCCGGGCCAAAUGGCUUCAACGGGCGUACGUUUUUCUCGUUGCCGUCGACGACAACGGGAAGGUGGUAGGACUUGCAACAUGGGAGCGGGAGUAUGGUACUGAUCAUGUGAUAGGAAGGUUAAUUUAUCAUCUUGCGUCUUGGUAUACUGGACUUGAGAGAUGGAUAUGGCCGAACCGUGCUGCGGAUCCCUCAAAAGCCAAUGUGCUGGACGAGUCGAAGCCGCUGAUUGAGCACCAUUGGGCUGGAUUACGGGAACAGAAUUGGUAUUUGGAUCUUCUUGCUGUGCAUCCGAAGUAUCAGGGGCAGAUGUAUGGGAGGGGAUUGGUGCAGUGGGGAGUUAACGAGGCGAAAAAAGAAGGCGUUUGUGCUUCUUUGAUUUCAGCGAGUGGGAAGGAGAGGUUUUACGGGCGAUUUGGGUUUAUAGAGGUGGGGAGAGCGAAUGUUGGGCCGCUGUCUGGGAUUGACGGUGGAGCCAUUAUGUUUACUGACGUGAAGGCUUAA